UCACGUUUCUUACUUGUGUAUACAUUUUCUCUGUCCCAUGUGAUUCUUAUCAACUAUUUAUUCGAAAAUCUUUAAACCAAGAAGUAAAAGCCAAGAUGUCUGGACGACAACGUGGUGUAUUCCGAAUGAUAUUUAGAGACUUUUUAGCAUCAAUUAAACCUACUUUUAAUAGACCUAAGUUAAUGGGAGAAGAUUAUUAUGGAACUAAAUAUUAUGAAGUAGCGGUAAAUGCCACCUCUAAAAAAAAGCUACCUUCUAGAUAUUUUAAAUCUAUAAAUGAUGAUUUUGAGCAAGAAAUACCUGCAGAGUGGGAAGCUUGGUUGAGAUAUCGUAGGAAGGAACCACCAACUUACGAAGAAAUAGUGGAAAAUUAUAAAAUUGCUAUGAUUAAAAAAACCAAUGCAGCUAAAAUAGAAGCUGCUUAUAAAGAACAGAAAUCUUUAAAUGAACCUGAAAUACCUAUUGAAGAACGUGGACAGAGGAGUUUUCCUGUCUAUGAGGAAUACAGUACCACGAAUACACACAACGAACAAACAUCUAAACCAAAAUUAAAAUAACUUCUUAUUGAGAAAAAAUAACACACCCUUUAUGUAGUAAUAAAACCUUUGUAAAUAUAUACAUUUCGUAGUAUUAAUUUCUUCAAUUCCGAAAAUGAAUAUGUGCACUAUUGACUUUACAGAAAUACUAUGUGUAAAACAAUUUAUUAUUAUUUUCUAUCAUCUAUUUACAUAUAUUUUCAUCUAUAAAUCAGUCAUUUAACGACUGAAAAAAAAAAUUGUAAAACUUAAGACUACAUCUUUGAAACAUACAAUUUACAAACGUUAAUGUUAUGCAAAAAAAAAAAAAUACCCUUUUAUUUUUUCUCAGAGUAUUCUUCUAAAUAAAUGAAUUCAAAUAGGAAAUUCAGAUACAAUGAUAACUUGUACUUCAUAACUUUAAAAUUGAAGUGCUUAUGAAUAUAUUUAUCCAGUGUUUUUAUCAAGUUAACACAAUUUUCAUUUUUGCAAUAGUAUUUUGCAAUAGAUUUAAUUUAAAAUAAAA